AUGCCUGGGGAAAAUACUUUCAUAGAGGCACAAGCCCUACGAGAAGAGGUUGAUAGGAAAAUAAUUUUAAGAGCAACUGCUCAACAGGACCUUCUGCUUUACCAGCAGUAUACCCCCAGCCAGCAGAACUGUGUCCCAGUUUUUAUCCCAUCCUGCAGCUUUGACAACUAUUCUGCCAAUGUUAUGGUAGAUGGAAAACCAGUGAAUCUGGGCUUAUGGGAUACAGCUGGACAAGAAGAUUAUGACAGAUUACGCCCCCUCUCCUAUCCGCAAACAGUUGGAGACACGUAUGGUAAGGAUAGAACCUCCAGGGGCAAAGACAAGCCGAUUGCCGAUGUGUUCUUAAUUUGCUUUUCCCUUGUGAGUCCUGCAUCAUUUGAAAAUGUCCGUGCAAAGUGGUAUCCCGAAGUACGACACCAUUGUCCCAACACUCCCAUUAUCCUUGUGGGAACAAAACUUGAUCUUAGGGAUGAUAAAGACACAAUCGAGAAGCUGAAGGAGAAGAAGCUGACUCCUAUCACCUAUCCGCAGGGCUUGGCCAUGGCUAAGGAGAUUGGUGCUGUAAAAUACCUGGAGUGCUCAGCUCUCACCCAACGAGGCCUCAAGACAGUGUUUGAUGAAGCUAUCCGAGCAGUUCUCUGCCCACCUCCUGUCAAGAAGAGGAAGAGAAAAUGUCUGCUGUUGUAAAUGUCCAAGUCUUUAGUUCUUGGUCCUGUCUCUUGGAACCUUUGUAUGCUUUGCUCAAAAAACAGUGGAGCCUUCUUCGCACUCAAUGCCAAGUUUUUGUUACAGAUUAAUUUUUCCAUAAAACCAUUUUGAACCAA